GUGUAUUAUUGCAGCCUAUAUUGGUUUAUAUGUCAAAGGUGGAUGGCGGUUUCAAGUUUAGUCCCAUUAGCGUUAACUUUCUCACUGAGGUGGCCAAAGUUAUUUUCGCCAUUACUAUGCUCUUGUUCCAGGUUAGAUAAGUCAAAGAAAACUGGAGGGGUCUGAAAGAGGGACGGGGUUACAAAAUUCGUCAACUAUUUCUGCUCGACAUAAGAAAGUUGGUGAGAAAUCUCUUCUUUCAAUUUCUUCAUUAGUGCAGGUAAGAAAUUUACUUCCACAACUCUAUGAUUCUGAUUGCAAUUGUAUCAUUAGUUUUUGUAUCACUAAUUUCACUAUUGAUUCUGAGUAAUAUUAAUAAUCUUGAUGGUUUUAUGUUGUAUCUCAUUAAGCUUCUGAUAAAGAAGGAAACUACUCCAAGCUUGAGUUAAAUAUGUGUUGCAACAAGUGAUUAGAACUUGUAGGCAAUGCUGAAGACCAACGGUUGGGCUUAUUAGUAGUUUAAUGUUAAUCUUUUAGGGUUCUUCUGAUGAAAUGGGAUCACUUUGUAUUGAGUGUUAAAUUGUGUGACUGAUUAAGGAACUGACUUAACCAUACAUGCUUUCUGGUAAUACCAACAUGGUUAUUUUUUGUGAUCCUAGUUGAUGCUUUUUAGAUAUUUUGGGUAAAAAAUGUAGAGAAGUUAGAAGAAUUCCAGUUGCCAUCCUGAAAGUAAAGAUGCAGCAGGUUGGUGAAAUGUUUUUAAUUUCACAUAGAUUUGGCUUCUUUAUACGUUUUCUUGAUCUUUUGCAGUAAAUUUGGUGGGACACAGCACUAUGCAGUGUUCAACUUUGAUGAGACUAAUGUUAGAUGAGCCAUCAAUUUUGUUUUAUCUUUCCGUAGUGAAGGCUGCUCGAAAUAAUGUGCUUCUUGCAGUUCCAGCUCUGCUUUAUGCUAUUAAUAAUUACCUAAAGUUUAUCAUGCAGCUUUAUUUCAAUCCUGCAACUGUGAAGAUGCUUAGCAACCUGAAGGUUUUGGUAAUAGCUAUCUUGUUAAAGAUGAUCAUGAAACGGCGGUUUUCUAUCAUUCAGUGGGAGGCUCUUGCUUUGUUGCUUAUUGGAAUUAGCAUAAACCAGUUGCGGUCUUUACCAGAGGGUACUACUUCAUUUGGUCUUCCGGUUGCAACUGGCGCAUACUUGUAUACACUAAUUUUCGUUACUGUUCCAUCCCUAGCAUCUGUCUUUAAUGAAUAUGCUUUAAAGAGCCAGUUUGAGACAAGCAUUUACCAUCAGAACUUGUUUCUUUAUGGAUAUGGUGCCAUUUUCAAUUUCCUAGCCAUUCUUGGAACUGCAAUUUUUAAAGGUCCCAAUAGCUUGGAUAUCCUGCAGGGACAUUCAAAGGCUACCGUGCUCUUAAUAUACAACAAUGCAGCCCAAGGGAUCUUAUCAUCUUUCUUCUUCAAAUAUGCAGAUACAAUCUUGAAAAAGUACUCCUCAACCAUUGCCACAAUUUUUACUGGCAUAGCAUCUGCUGUGUUGUUUGGUCACACACUGACUAUCAACUUUGUUUUAGGAAUAUCAGUUGUGAUUAUCUCCAUGCAUCAGUUUUUCUCAGCACUUUCUGAGGUUAAAGAUGAAAAACAAAGUGGUAGUUUGGAGAUGAUGGACAGCCAAGACAGCAAGAGGUCUAAGGAUACAUCAAUCUUAAAUAUGACUACUGGAGCAAAUGAAGAUGCUAGUCAUCGUGUUCAUGAGGAUGAAAAAAGACUUCUUCCAGUUUGAGUUCCACAUAAUUGGAACAAUUUUCGAGUAAUACAUUUUUUUAGGUGGACUCAGAUGGACAAAAGAAAACACAAAUUUUAGCUACUGAACAGAAAAAACGCCAUCUAAAUGGUUCCUCAUAAUUCUUAACUUCAUUCGUCUCUUAAUGCAUUAGUCUAUGAAACAAGUGGGCUGCUGGCUGCAUCACCAGUAAGUUGAAGAUCUGCAUCUGCUAUAGAAGAAAAGUUGAAAUUUUUUUUACUGGAUUAUAGAGAUCUUAUAUUUCUUUUUUAUUCAUGGAGUGAAGGACUUGGUUAUUUUAAUAAAUCCUUCAAACUCAUGGACCAUUGCAUUUGUGAACAUUGAAUAUGCCUUGAAUAUUUUGAAAUCCAAUCGAAUGCACUCUACAUUUACCAAGAA